AUGGCUGGCGGAAAUGUAGUCAUUGAAACCCGUAAACUUGAUUUUAAAUCAACAGCGAAACCUCGAAUUGACGCAAAAAGUACUUUCACUCCAACUCAACCAUCUAAAAAGAUAUUGACACAAAAACUGCAAUGGAAUGCUUCAUCAAAAGUUGGCUCGUUGGAUAACGUAAAACAUAAACCUGCCGGUGGAAACAUUAAGAUUUUAAGCACAAAACUAGACUGGAAAGCAGAAAGUAAAGUAGGUUCCAAGGAUAAUAUUAACCAUAAGCCAGCAGGUGGCAAUGUACAGAUUGUAAAUGAAAAACUGAAACUGGAUGGAGUUAAAAGUAAAGUGGGCUCUCUGGAAAAUGCUGCACACGUACCUGGAGGAGGAAAUGUAAAUAAAUUACCUGACACUUCAUCAUCAACUCCCUUUGACAACUUUCGUUAG